AAGUUAUAUGCCUAUAAUCCAAGCUUUGCAAUGUCUGCAGAUGACCAACUUGCAAAGAAUUUUGAAUCCGCCUACAAAUUCCUUAGACAGUCAUCAUCAGCAUUAACUGAUACAAUAAAACUCAAGUUUUAUGGAUAUUAUAAGGCCGCCACAAUAGGCAAAUGCACUGCCGCCAAGCCUUCUCUGUUUGACUUUGUAGGACGAGAAAAAUGGAACGCAUGGAAAGCAGUUGAUGCAUUGGACAAAGAAGAAGCAAUGAGGAAAUAUAUAGAACUGCUCGAGUCUUUAAAUGUCGGAUGGGAUGUUAAUUGGAAAGUAGGGCCAGACGAAGUCAACAAUGAGGUACUCGAACUCAAAGAACCUAAAGAACGGCUAAGGAUCGGAGGAGUUGCUGUUUCUACACUAGCUUGUGCAUCAGAUGAAGAGGAAGACGACGACGAAUCAGACAGGCAAGAUAUAUUUUAUUUUUCCAAGACGAACAAGUCCGCAGAACUUGUAGAAUUAUUAAAGUCAAAUACCAUAGAUGUUAAU